CUCCGCGGAUAUGAUCGCCUUGGUGGUUUUACUCGUGGCUGCCGUUUAUCAGGAGGCGAUCUGCUCUUCGCAAAUGCCAUAUCUUAGCCUUUGUCCUGGCGAGCAGGAUCCGACAGUUCAAGUCACCAAUGUCACCAUCCGAAAUGCGAAGCUCGGCGAGAAGAUGACCAUCGACACUGCUUUCAAGAUAACGGAACCACUGGACGCUGACCCCGUACUCUACGUGUCUUUCGCACGGCCGGACGGCACGGAGCUCCAGUGCCCCGAUUACAUAUCGCACUGCGAACUGAAGUUAUGCGAAGGCACAAAAAUCGACGAACUCCAACUCAGCCGAGAGUGGCACAACAAGUGUCCCAUUCUAGCCGGCGACUACACCACUCACGUUUCUGUGCGCCUGCUCGACAUGAAAAGUUCCGAGGAGUUCAUAGGGUUACGGCAGGGUGCUCAGCCGCCACCGAGAGAUGGCGCGACACGGUCUGCAACGGCCAUGAUUGAGAACGUAGCGGCCAAAAGCGAGAUGGACCGAGGACAGGCAGUGCUUUCCUUCGACGUCAUUGUGAGGGGACAUUUGGAGGAUCCUGAACUUCGCGUAACUGUGGCUGGCGAGGCAUUGGAAUACCCUCGACCGUGA